AAAACAUAUGGUCAGCAUCCAAUGUCGAAAACUUAGAGCUAUUUUUUUGGGAUUUAUUUACCGCUACAGAUCACUCCCCCAAGUCGGGCAGUGACGACCCUAAGACGUGGCCAGCCAGAAGUUUAAACCCAACGAGUUUGUCGUUGGUAAACACUCUUCUGAUAGCUUACUAAGUUUAGCAGCGUCUGGUCGUCUUUCCUUACUAUAUGGGACCGAGGUACAACAUAGUAACAAAAGAAAGAGUUACAACGAAAACUUCGACUCCUCGUAAACUGCAUCGUUCUUUUCCAGUCGUCCUGGAAAAGAAAAAGAAAGUGUAAGUGCAUGUCGAAAUACACUCGUAUGUGCGUAAAAACACAAUGUCGGCGAAAAAAUGGAAAAUAUACUCAAGCGCACGUAAUAGCGUUAAAAAAAUAAUUUUUCGUUUUUUUGUUUUUUUAAAAAUAAAAAUAAAAAUAUACAGGCAUAUUAAAAUUGUUUUUUAAAGAAAAAAAUUUAUAUCGUAAAAAGAAAGAUCGAGAUAAUAUUAAAUGUCGAGUAGUGCUUUACGUGCAGUAGUCGUUUAAAUGUUCUGGAAAUCUUACUCUUCUUCCAGAACGCGUCGUUUUAGGUUUAUUUUCAUAUACAUUCGGAGUAUCAUCGCUAGUGUUGGCUGUCGGUUGAGUAAUUAUGAGUGUAGGAGUCGUGUUGUGCGACUGUACCGAAGGAAAGUCGACGUGAAUAGGAUUUCCUUCUAAAUACGCUGCUUUUAAGCGAUUGAUGCUGAUGCUAUCGUUUGUUCCGUUCUUAUCGACUAUAUAGUACUUAGAUUCACGUUGAAGAACUUUGAAGGGUCCUUCGUAUGCUGAUUCGAAUGGUCGUCGAUGCGAGUCUCGACGAACGAAAACGUGUGUACUAUAUCGUAAGUCAGGUUGAACGAAAACAUCGGUUGAUUGUGGUCGAGUGGAAGCAGGUUUAGCUGAACGCAUUGCGUUUGUAAGCCUGUUCGUGUAGGAGGUUAGAUCCAUGUUCAUUGAAGAGGACGAAGGAUCCACGAAUUCUCCUGGAAGUCGAAGUGUCGUUCCAUAGACGAGUUGAGCCGCAGUGUAUCCAAUGUCAGCUUUCACUGCAUUGCGGAUACCUAAUAAGACAAGUGGAAGAGCGUCGGUCCACUGUGAAACGUUUGCAGCUGAUAUUGAGGCUUUUAGUUGUCGGUGAAAACGUUCUACCAACCCGUUUGCUUGUGGGUGGUAGGCGGUCGUUCGGAAGCGAGUGGUUCCUAAAAGUGUGGUCAGAUGACGGAAAAGAUCAGAUUCAAACUGACGUCCGCGAUCUGUAGUGAUGGUUGAAGGGCAACCGAAGUUUGCUACCCAUCGUUCGACGAAGGUGUGGCCCACUGUUUCAGCAGUGAUGUCCUUGAUAGGUACUGCUUCUGGCCAUCGAGUGAAACGGUCUACGCAGAUUAAGAGGUAAGAGUAUCCAUUUGAAUCUGGUAAAGGUCCUACCAAAUCCAGAUGAACAUGGUCGAAACGAGCAUCGGGAGUUUUAAACGAGCCUAAGGAACAUUUAUUGUGUCUGAUAACCUUAGAUUUUUGGCAGCUUACACAGGAGCGUGCCCACUCCCUCACGUCUUUAUUCAUGCCAGGCCAGCAAAACCGUUCUGCUAUAAGCUUGAUGGUUGCACGAACACCUGGAUGAGAAAGUUUGUGCAAUGUAUUGAAGACAUUGCGUCGAUAAUGUUUCGGCACGAUUGGGUGAUCCCUACCUGUAGAUGUGUCACACAGUAAGGUUUCCUUACCUGUUCCCAUCUGUUUGAUGCGUAGUUUAAGGGUUGUGGACGAUAACUCGUGCUGAAGAUCACUGUCUUCUUUUUGAAGCUCGGCGAGUUUAAGAAGUUCGAUUCCUUGGAAACUGUUCAAGGAAGUUAUGCGAGAUAAGGCGUCUGCAACUACAUUGUUUGCUCCAGAGAUAUGUUGAAUAUCUGAAGUAAACUGCGAAAUGUAGUCUAGUUGUCGAGACUCACGGGGGAGUACUUGUCUGAAGGAGAGCUUAACGAGAAAGUGAGCGGUUUAUGGUCCGUGAAAAGAGUGAACUCACGGCCUUCGAUAUAGUGUUGGAAAUGCCGUACAGCACAAUACAUAGCUAGGAGUUCCCUCCCGAAUGUGCUGUAUCUCGAUUCGGUGUCUAGCAACCUUCUGGAGAAAAAUGCCAAGGGUUGCCGGGAGUUUUUAACCCAUUGUUGUAAUAAUCCCCCCAUUGCUGAGUCGGAUGUGUCUACUGCGAUACUAAUGGGUGCUUCGGUGUCCUGAUGUGCGAGCAUUGUUGCUUUAGCGAUCAGUUCCUUAACUGUGGAGAAUGCUUUUCGUGCGGUGUCGUCCAAAUUAAUGGAUUUCGCGCUUUUGAAGGUUGUAACUUUUUUUCACGUGGUAUUAUUUUAUUUUCCUAUUAGUUUUUCUCUUCAAUUUAACACUUAAUAGCGAUAAAUAAUUCGUCACUGAUAGGGUUCUAUCAACUUGACACCUUAUUUAGGAACUCAACGUCAUAAAUUAAUCUUGCUAAUUUUCACGCUAUCUCUAUCACCAAUUAACGUUAAUAUAUUUACUCUUAACUAAUACUGGGUCUGAUCCUAACAUAAAACUUUACACGUUCACUAAGUUAAAUUACAACUAUCGCCGUCCACCUAAUUAAACUUUGUAUUUACAUCACUUCCGAUAAUGUCCAGGCCAUCUAAAAAACAUAAUCUCUCCUGAUGCCUAUAGCACCUGCAAAAGAUCUAAAUCAGUCACUAAAGCGAAUAAUGUGAAACCUUAUAAACACAUUGAUCAGUCUGCAUCCUACUCUGAUCUUCCCUCACCCACACUAAACGUACACCGUUUACUUGGACAAGACAUAUCACUACCUUGCAUCUCGCUUGUCGAUAUAAAUAAUAGCAGUCACAUACCGUUAGAGUCGACAUCAUUUGUCAGUCCAAACAAAAGCACCACAUGUUGUGAGCAGUAUUUAGACAGUGCUGUUGACCCCAAACACCCAGCAAUCUCACAAUCGGUCAUCCUGAGUAUCGGCCCACGGAGUACAUGUAAGCCUGCCUACAAUAGCCAGCCCGAUGAUGUAGAUCUUGACUACUCACCCAGACAUAUACCCCAGACACAUCCCCCAACCAAGUGUGCACAAAGUGACCAUCCGCUAGACACAUGCAACAGGCCUGUAUGUAACCAUAUCGACCUUAAAAACUUUGAUAUAAACUCCAAUAAUCUCACCACUGGUAGACCUAAAAGCAGCCAAACAGAACUUAGCCUCACCCAAACUAUUCAAGACCUAUUACCGUACAAAUAUUUAAUCAGUGUUCCAGAAAAUCCCGAUCUGGAAAUUAUAAAAAACACCGAAAAAUUAAUUGACCAUAUAUCAUCUGAAGUGUUGAAAAGACUUCAGUGUAUGCAGAAUGUCAUUGUGUAUAAUAUACCUGAUAGUACGAACAUAAAAAUUGCUAAAAAUACUCUACUACAAGAAUGUGGAUUGUCGCAAUCUCGGUGUGUAACAAGAAGAUUACGUAAAGCACACACUAAAGCCUCCUGUCCCAUUCUAUUUCAGUUUGGUAGCACCACUGAAGCUAAUCACCUCCUCAAUAGUCAGUCAUUACUGAGGCGUAUUCCAACAUUUAAAAAGAUUAGGAUCAUUCAUGACAGGACCGCUAUCCAGCGUCGAAUCUGCAAUGGAACACAAACUGAUCAACCCAGCUUACGUAGCCGCGGCAGUUACAGCUCUUGUCACUGCACAAAUCCUAAAAUAUACACUGCCCCCCCCCAAAAAAAAAUGGAGGCACGUCGGACACUGCUAUUAUUCCUAAGGACAAGACCGCACAUAAAGCAGCUACAACCACUCACCCUCAGCCCAAACACUCAGCUACCCCAAAAUGCCAAACCACUUAUGCCUCAAUAGCGUCCAAGUAUUACCCUAGCGGCCCCUAUAAAAUGCCUAAAAAUGAUCCUCCCAGGAAUUGCGCUAACAGCUACAGACUCUCAGACACCGCUGUACGAAAUAAUACCAAACUCUCCGUAAAAACCCACCAAUUCUCCAGCACCCCUAACCCAAAACAUGCACCUUCUCAUAGCAAUAGAAUGCCCUACAACAAACAUAGUGAACUGGCAACACCCACACGUGAUACCCAUAAGUCAUAUAGUGUCAACCUUGUAAGCCCCAUGAACCAACACAAAACUAUACACAACAGAGACACCUUUCCUGGCAACAAUAACAGGCAUUCCUCCAUUCCUUACCAGAAACAUACAACCUCCCCAACUAACCACAAUAGGACUAAAAUUGCCCACCACACACGAGGAAGCCAUAACGUUGGCCUACUUGGGAACCCACCUACUGAUUCUAGGUACUAUCUAAGUCAAGCCACCCAAUACAACGGUUUAGUCCCCCCUAAUUCGACAUACACACUAUCUCAUCCUUUUUUAUCUCUCUCCCCCUCAACAUUACUGCUAUGGGGUCUCCAAAUGUUGAGGGCGACAAUCCCACUAUUCUGAAACCAUCUAUAUACUCCGAUUUAAUGGGGAGUCGCACAUCCUACUCAACUUCGAUAACUGUCUCUAGUCUUGAAAACUCCUUGACUGAACCCCCUGAUCAUUCCCCGGACACAUUACCUAACCAUUCAACUCUACCUUCCACUCUUAGACAUACUUCUUUCACCAAAACCACACCCGACUACCCUUCUUGCAUUAACCCUACUGGUAAUAAACUAAACGCUCAUCAAUAUGGAGUCAACGCUUCCAAUUCUUCCUUUUCUCAUGGCAAAACAGACAAACCACUCGGUUUACAUCAUACCCUUCUACUAGACAAACAGUCACCGUACCUGACACUUAUGUUAAUCAACGCUCGAUCUGUACAAAGUAAGAUGACUUACCUACGCACCCUAUUACUUCUAAACAACCCCUCACUUGUUUUGAUAACGGAAAGUUGGCUGUCCUCUGAUACCACAGACACAUAUCUACAAAUAGACACCUAUGAGCUCUUCCGCUGUGAUCGAGUCACCAAGAAGGGUGGUGGUUGUCUCGUUUAUGUAUCAAAAAAUUUGAGAGCGGAAAUCUAUAGCGACCACGUCCUCAGCAAACUUCCUGAAUCGAUAUGGCUUACUGUGCACACUCAUGAGUGUAAAAUACUAAUCGGAUGCAUAUAUCGAGCUCCUAACACUUCUAGUUCUACUGACACUAUUAUAAGUAAGUCAUUUGCUCAGGCUGCCUCGCUUGACUUCACUUACAAAAUUGUAUGUGGUGACUUCAACCUUCCCACCAUCAACUGGAAAACACACUCUGGCCCAUUGAGCUUUGAAAGCAUACUUAGGUCCUUAGACAUACACGGCUGGCAACAACAUGUACACCUGCCUACACGAAAUCACAACAUUCUUGACUUGAUAUUCUGUCAUAAUGUCACACCAACAUCAAUGGUGGUUGGCGAAGAGUUUCACAACAGCGAUCAUAAAAUAGUCCUCUGCACCCUUCCGAUUCUUGCCAUAUGCAACAAACUAAAGACAUUAAACACGCGAUUCCAAUAUAGAGACUAUGCAAACGCUGACUGGGAAAACUUUCGAUUUCUAAUAAGACACUCUGACUGGGGCAGUUUCUUUACCAGUAUUAACCUCUUAGAAACAUUAGGAAUAUUCAAUAUCACCACCAAAUCUGCACUAGACACUACUAUACCCUCUAAAAUUGGUUUUAAAACAGUUACUCCCUAUAUAAACCAAAAGACUAGGUCUAAACUGCGAAAACUGAAAAGGAUGUACUAUAUAUCAAAAGACUUCAGUGCCCUGCACCAGAUAUACUCUGUACUUGACGGAGUACAAAGUCAACACAACAAGCAUAAACAGGUAGAGGAACGUACUGCGCUCGCUGCUGCAUCUAAAGCCCAAGCCCUAUGUCGUCUCCUCACGAAACGCAUAAGAAAGAACACAGACCACAACAUUCACUCCUUACUGCACGAUGGAGUAACGUAUAAUGACCAAACCGUCAUAUGUGAACUAUUAAGUGAAUGGUUUUCUCACAAUGGGAAUACAUCUGAUGCUCCAGAUAUCGACAUAAAGUGCACCGGCAAAAACUAUCUUAGUACCAUAAACUUCGACAUUAGGAGUAUACAUACCGCCAUUAAAACCCUUAAGCCAAAUGCGAGUUCUGGUGCCGAUGAUAUCCCUUCAAUCGUUUAUAAAAUGUCAGGGCUGGACAUACAGACGCUACUACUCAAAAUAUACACAUUAUCUUUAGAGACAGGUACAUAUCCGGAAACCUGGAAGGUAACGUAUGUUCUUCCCAAACACAAAUCCGGACCGAGAAACCUGGUUGAAAACUACAGACCUAUAAAUAUCACUCCAGUCAUAUCACGCAUAAUGGAAAAAGUGAUACAAAUCAACUGUCUGAUCACUUACUCAAGGAAGAUCUAAUAGACCCGUCACAACACGGCUUCAUUAGAACAAGGUCGUGCAGUACAUGCCUGAUAGACUUCUUUAACGAGGUUACUCGUAUACGUGACCAGAAGAAACUAGUUAUUAUACUAUACUUCGAUAUUAAGAAAGCCUUUGAUAAAGUACCUCAUAAUCUUCUAAUCAACAGACUGAAGUCAGUUGGAAUUAUAAAUCCCCUUUUGCAAUGGAUCAAGUCUUUUCUUACGAACAGAUAUCAAAUAAAUAACAUUAACUCUAAUACAUCUACACCUCGACCAAUAACCAGUGGUGUUGUGCAGGGUAGUGUCUUGGGUCCAUUGCUCUUUAUAAUCUACAUCAACAAUAUAUGCAAGUGUUUUAGCACAGGUAAGACCUACCUCUAUGCCGAUGACUUAAAAGUCAUCUAUAAAACUGACAUUUGCGAUUUACGCAGUACUAUGCAAACAAUCCAACAUGAACUCAACAUGGUAGAUGACUGGUGCAAACGCUGGAGGUUAGAGCUCAACAUAGAGAAAUGCGGCUGGUUAUGUAUAGGAGACACGUCUCUUAAAAUGAAACUAACACUUAGCAAUCACACACUGCCCAGACUGGCAUCAGUAACUGACCUAGGGGUACAUUACUCACACAGUCUUAAUUUCUCUGAACACAUCUCAGCCAAAGCAUUCAAAAUGAGGAAAUUGCUUGGCUUCAUUCUAAAAUCCUUCUUUACAAAGUUUGUGUAAGACCUAUCGUUGAAUACUGCUCGUUCUUAUUUUCCAACCUACGCCUAUCUGAUAUACUAAAGAUGGAAGGAAUACAACGAGACUUCACCCGCAAAGUACUUAAGACUGACUCGGACAUUGACUACAGUUCUCGAUGCCAAAUCUUGGGAAUAGCACCCCUUUGGGAGAGAAGGCUUAGGUCUAAUUUGAUUCUCUACUUCAAACUACUCAAAAACCUUACUUAUUCAACAUGUAAGAUAAUUCUUGCCCGAGAUUCACAUGAAUACGGACUUCGAAACAAAGUAUCUACGGUCACAGUUGAGAAAUACAGAUCAAAAACUCGGGAAAACUUCUUCCUCACCAAGUAUGCAAUGAUAUGGAACAGUCUUCCCUCCGAGACUCGCAUGGCAGAUGAACUACAUACGUUUGUGAAACUGCUUGAUCAAGCCCUCACUCGCACUGAUCUUGCACGUACGAACACAUCUGCGCCCCACUCAGACAUCAUAGGCUCUCUCCAUGUCUAGACCAAAAUGGACUUCAAGUUCAGUUUGCCUUAUUUUUCCUACUUUGCAGUUGUAUUAAUUACUUUUUUCACCCUACUUCUUCACUUGAAGUAGACAGGUAACUCACUGGACCUAUCAUUACUGUUAAACUAAACUCGGUCGAUAAGGGACACUCACUACCACCCUAAAAAGUCAAGAGGACCGCACAAUCGGCUGCCUACUACCAGUGGUCUUGCAUCUAUGGAACCUGUUACCAAUCAACUGGUUAAGACAACAGAAAAUAACAUCAGCACCAAGUUACUGUGAGUUCCUUCCUGUUUAUCCUGUAUUAACAUUUUACUCUUCUGUACACUAUGUUGACUAGCAAUUAAUAUUAUUUCUCCAUUCGUUCCCUUAUCCACAACUCAUACUUCUUUACUUUUUCUGCCUGCUUAGAUAAACAACUACCCUGCAAUACACCCUUCUUAACACUUAUACUCUGAUUGGCAAACUAUACAUUAUACUAUAGUCAACAGAGGCACUGCAUCGAUGCUUUACCCGCAGUCCAUAGCUUGUAACUGCCUGAUAAGCUUGUAAAAUGGUACUUAUAGAAAUAGUGCUUUCCAACAGGUUGUGAAACAGAGGAUUGUGUGAGGUAUGACGUAUAUACAAAAAAUAAGCCUAAAUGAGCCUAACAUCACAAAAGGAGGGAGGGUGGAGUUUCUGACCAGCAAGCAUUGAUGGUGAGGGCGAUAACUUCAAUCCACCCGUGUUUGUGGGGACAGAGCAUUUUGUAUGUACCAGGCUCUUUAUAAUUGAGAAUAAGACAGUCAAUCUGAGAUAUAGAUUGUCUUCCUACGCUCACCACUCAGACUCAUGUUUCCAAUAUUAUGCUGGAUUAGCUAUUCUACUAAGACAACCUAUAACAUGCUAACUCGGACUUUUACACUGGGAUUGCGUGGCUGACAUCAGAUGGACAAAAAAAGAAAAGAAAAAAGACAAUAGAAGAUAUAGUCACUAGUAUUCUUAACACUACACUCUCUAUGUACACACCCUUCUAAUAAACCGCUUUCCUUGUACCAACCUUGACUUCUCUUCCUUCAUGUGAGCUUACUCCAACUUGUUAAACAUCACAACUCAUUGUUCUUUAUUAGUACAUUCUCUAAUAUGGAGCCUCUGACUUCACUUCACUCUAACAAGACAUAAUAUGAAUUUAUUCUAAUUUAUUCUACCUCUGUCCGUACUACUACACAAUGUUAAGCAACCUUUGGCGUUCAUAUCCAAGUGCCUUGCUGCUCUUCUGUUUCUCUUUUCUUCUGUUUCAGAAUCUUGCUCUGAGAGCACAGCUAUGAAACUUCUGACGUUUGGAGCAAACUUGACGUACGCGUCCUCUCAAGGUCAUAGUUUACAGCAAGCGCUCUACGAUUUCACUUUAUAACAACUACAAACUUAAUAAGUUGGGAAGCAUUUUGCGAACCAACAAAUGUUGUAAUUUAUAGAUCAUGCCUGUAAAAAUGGUGUGUACCUGCACAUGCAGAAAUAUAUUAUUAUUAUUAUUAUUAUUAAUUGUGACUGGGGAUAAUCUACAAACAGAGAAGGAAGUUACGCAAACGGAUAAAUUAGUGUUUCCGUCUACUAG